UUUACUGUUUGUUUAUUACCAAUAGAUCAGCUGUUUUACAAAUCAAUCUUAUUUAAUUUUUUUAGAUCUUUAGAUAAGACUAAAUAAUUAAUUAUACCAGACUCUGGAGGAUCCUGACUUACGGUUUUGUUGUACGUACCAAAAGUAAAGAAUAAUACACUUUUACAUGAAGACAAAAACAUGGAGUCAUUAUCAAAGCAAGAGUUAAUAUCUACUAUAACCAAACAAGCUGAUCAAAUUAAACGAUAUGAAGCCCGUUUACGAGAUGUUGUUGCGGCAUAUAAAGGAUUAGUGAAGGAGAAGGAAGCUUUGGAAAUAAGUUUAAAGGCUUUAAAUAAAACUGUUAGCAAUGAAGUUUCAGAUACAGGAGAUUCUGUUGCUGCUCUUACAUUAUCCCUCUCAACUCUUACUGCUGAGAAGGCAAGAUUGGAAGAAGCAUUUCAAGCAGAUAAAAAAGUUACCAGGGAUAAGUAUGAAAAUAUUAUAACAACAAUGCGAGAAGAGACUAAGAUGUUAGUUCAGCAACACUUGACAGAGGUUAACAACUUGAAAGCAAAGAUAUCGUAUGAGAUCCAGGAGAGAGAGAAGGAGAGGGCAGAUCAUGCUGCUAUGCUCAAAGAACUUCAUGUAAAACUAAAUGAUGAAAGGAAGACAAAAGAAAGACUUGAAGACAACAUUGUGAGCACCAACGAAGCUCAAGCAUCACAAGCCGAGUUAGAGAAGCGAGUUCGUGAUCUUAGCAGUUCCCUGGAGGCUUCUCAACGGCGGCUGCACAGAGCUGAAACGAGAACCGUGGAGACACCGGCGCUGCUUCUCCGUCUGCAGCAGAAACUGGCUCUGGUGGAACAAUCGCACUCUGUCGCUAUACGAGAGGAGCAAAUAAAAGCAAAACGUGCCGAAGAAGCAGCGCGCAAAAUCUGCGCCAGGCAAGAGGAACGGGUUGCGUUACUCGAGGGUAAACUUGCCGAACUGUCGCAAACUAUCGGCGAGUACGACCUGCAGAGACGUCGGGACCAGAUGGUGAUCCAGCAGCUGAAAGAUUCGCUCAAUAUCCGGAUCCUGGACCGGGUCGCGUCGAACGCUGGCGUUGAUGAAACGCAAAAAAGUGAAACAGACAACGAUAAACUAGCAGAUACAGAGUACCUAAAAACAUUGAUUGACAAAGUCCAUAUAUUGAAGAAAGAAUUGAUAGCCGAAAACGAGAAACUUGGCAACCCUAUCGAUAUUAGUACGGUAUUCAACAUAGACACAUACGAAGACAUUCACUACAGAUGUAAAAAAGACAUGGAAACUAUUCGAAAAGAAUUCGAGAGCUACAAGAUAAGUGCGAAGAGUAACGAGAAUAUUGAUAUGGAGAGUGAGAUGGAAAGACUGAAAAGUGAGAUUGGUGUUUGUAAUGAUAAAUUGGAAAUGUACAAGACGAUGUUGGAACAGGAGAGGCAGGACAAAGCUGAUGCGAUGAAAUUACAAGAAGAGAAGCUAAAGAACGAGCAAGAUUACCACAAGGAGAUCGUGUCUGAUCUCCGGUCUCGCGUCCAAAGUUUAGAAAAACAGGUGCAGACCCAACGUGAGAGGUACUCCACCUUGCUGGAGGAGACCGACAACCUGAUACGAUCAAGGAACGACAGGUCAAGGAAGGUCAGCUCCGAGGAGAGCUGGAAGGAUGGGAAUGCUCUCAAUGACAGCGGGGCAGGGCCGGGGGCGGGCUCUCAGCCACACAUGCUGCAUUACGCACAUGAGCUCGCGCGAAGACAGCUCGACAUCACGCAGCUGCGACGCGAGAAACAUUCUCUCGAGGGACUGUACAGGGAUUGUCAGCGCGAGGCCACAAUUGAGAAGGAGCGUUUUAAAGAAGUAAUCCGAACAUUGAAGGAAGAAAUUGACAGACUCCGACGGCUGCAGUCCCGAGAGGGUGCCAACCUAGAGUACCUCAAGAACGUGGUGCUAGCGUUCCUGGUCUCUGGUGACACAGCCGGCCGCACGCACAUGUUGAACGCUAUCGCGGCCGUGCUGCACUUCACGCACGCCGAGAAGAUGAUGGUGCUCACCAACAUGUAGACCGACAUCUACACCAACAUCCACCAUCACCACAGAUCAACUUACCGUCUCCUGAACGCGAGUGUUACGUUAGAUGUGUGUAUAGUAUUUGUCUGGCAAAUACUGCGACCACACUAUUUAUAUCGUGAAUGAAGACGCAUUUGUACUAUUCUGUGCUAUUAUAAAAAUAGCUGAAAUUGUGAAAAGUCCGGUCAGCUCAAAAAAAAAUUUAGAAAAUUGACACAAAUUCUCAAAAAACCAAACAUAAAAAUGUUAUGUUAACCUAUAAAAUUAAUUUUGGUUUGACUCUACGAACAUGUAAAUGUGAGGUCAACAAAAAAGCACUAUAAAUUGAAAAAUAGAAAUUGAUUAUAUUUAUUCUAAGUAAUAAUAACAAUUAUCUAGGUACUUACAUAUAAAAUGGCACGAUUUAUUCUGAUAUAUUUAUUAUGAUAUUAUUCUGAUAAUCAGACAACUGAAAAAUAUUCAAAAAUUUAGAUUUAAAUAUAAAAGAACUAUUUUAGAUUCUUUAUAUAAUAAUUAAUCUUGAUAUGCAAUGUAUCUUAUAGUAAAUAUAGACUAACACAAUUCUGUAUCCUUAUUAUGAGUAUUUAAUGUUUACCAAUAUAUUAUCUAUAUCUCAUUUUUUAUACUAAUAUACCUUGUGCCACCUUUAAUAUAAGUAUUAUGUAUAUUUGCUUAAAAACUAUAAUAUGAUUUAAUAUUAAUUAUAAAUAUUUAUUUGUAAUUCUAUUUUAUAACUCUAUAAAUUUACAUGUACAUGAAAAAAAUUACAAUGGGAAAACUACAACAGCUGUUUACUCCAAAUGUCACGAGGGGGGUUAUGAAAACCAGUGUUGUGUUGGUGUCUCCUGCACUGACCAACAAUAUACUGAGUCAGCUCCUUUUAGCAGGGAAUCACGCGCCGCACAGUUAUUUAAUAUUUUGUUUUUGUUUAUAUUUUAAUAAUUUUUGUUACAUUUAAUUUAUUUUUUUAUUUCUUUAAGAUUUUUACUGUAAAUUGAAGGUGUGUGUUUUACUGUUAAUAAAGUGUUUCUAUUUUAUUCUAUUUCUAUUCUAUAUAGUGUAUCGAAAUUCUUAAAUUAACCUAAUGAUUAGAAUACUAGAACAAAAUAAAUUGUCGUUGCUCAUUGAUAUCUGUGCUAAUUUUGUGUAUAAAUUCACUUUUAAAAAUUCCCUUACAUACAUUAAAUAUAUAUGACUAGAACAAGUUAUUGAUAGGUUAAAAUUAAUUCUUAAUAAAAUUAUUUUACAUAUU